UGCCCCGCAGUAUUUCUUCUCUGGCGCAAGCGCAAGCAAGCUUCCAAGCUCCUUCCAAAUUGUCCACUUCGACGUCAAAGGCAAUUGCCGAGCUAUCUGGGCAAUCCAACAUACAACACCAUUCGACCUCAGCUUAACCGAAUCGUGCUACUGGCUCCAUUACCAUGUCUUCCGAAUCCAAACCGGUCAAGGACCCCGCCGAGGCAGCGACCGACCCUGCCCCCGCAACAGCCCACGAAUCCGAAUAUGAAGACGUGGACGACGACCAGCCCGAAGAUGCCAACGCCACCGCCGGCUCGAGCUCGACCGCCUCCAAGAAGAAGAAGAAGAAGUCGAAGCGCCAAAAGAUCAAGGAUGCCGUGGGCGUCGGCAGCAGCAGCAGCAGCUCUGCCCAGUCCGACGCGACCAAGGCCCUCGGAGGCUUGACCUCCGAGCAGCUUACCGACCUCCUCAAGAUGAACCCGGCGCUGGCGCACGAGCUCGGCAACGCCCUCAACACGACCGGCAAGGACGAGGCGGCCACCAUCGACCAGCUCAAGAAGCUGAGCCUGCAGGAGAUCAUGACGGGCCUGGCGGCCAGCGGCAAGAACGUCAAGGACAUGGCCAGCUACAAGUUCUGGCAGACGCAGCCCGUGCCAAAGUUUGGCGAGGACGAGCGCGCCGCGGCUCAGCUGCCCGACGGUCCCUUUGUGGUCCAGACCGUGGACGACGUCCCCAAGGAUGCGCCAAAGAUGAUUGAGGGCUUUGAGUGGUGCACGCCCAACCUCGAGGAUCCGAAAGAGAUCACCGAGGUUUACGAGCUGCUCAAUGGUCACUAUGUGGAAGAUGACGAGGCCAUGUUUAGGUUCAAAUACUCGGUUUCGGUGCUGAAGUGGGCAAUGAUGUCCCCAGGCUGGAAGAAGCAUUGGUGGGUCGGUGUGCGCGCUACACAGUCCCGAAAGCUGGUGGCCUUCAUCUCGGGUAUCCCAAUGAAGCUUCGCGUCAGGGAAAAUGUCCUCGACAGCGCCGAGGUCAACUUUAUCUGCGUCCACAAGAGGCUUCGUUCCAAGAGGAUGGCACCGGUGCUCAUCAGGGAGGUCACGCGACGUGUCAACUUGGAGGGCAUCUGGCAGGCCAUUUACACGGCCGGUGUUGUUCUGCCCAAGCCUGUCAGCACAUGUCGCUACUUCCACCGCGCACUCGACUGGCAAAAGCUCUACGAGAUCGGCUUCAGCCCGCUGCCUGCCAACAGCAAGCCAAGCUACCAAGUUAUGAAGUACAAGCUCCCCGAAAAGACAUUGGUCAAGGGCCUGCGAGAGAUGAAGGAGAAGGACAUCCCUGCCGUGUCGAAGCUGCUGCACCAAUACAUGAAGCGCUACGACCUUGCGCCAGUGUAUGACGACACCGAGAUGAAGCAUUGGUUCCUUGACACGUCCGAAGCCGGCGACGAGAGGGUCGUCUACUCUUAUGUUGUCGAGGACGAUGACAAGAAGAUCACCGACUUCUUCUCCUUCUACUUACUUUCGUCCUCGGUCUUGAACAAUCCAAAGCACAGUGUGCUACGUGCUGCCUACAUCUGGCAGUACGCUAGCGACGUUGCGUUCCGGGAGCCCUUCGACAAGGCGGCGCUGAAGAAGCGUCUGAAUGAGCUGAUCAAGGACAUGCUCAUUCUUGCAAAGAGCCACAAAUUCGACGUGAUGAACGGACUUUCCAGCCUGGACAACGGAUUCUUCUUGGAGGAACAGAAGUUUGGCCCUGGAGAUGGACAGCUUUUCUACUACCUUUUUAACUACCGAACAGCACCUAUCGCAGGUGGCAUUGAUGCCAGGAACGACUUGACUGGAAACGGCAGCGGCAUUGGCCUGAACAUGUUAUGAUCGGAUUAGAUCAGACAGAUCAGCAAUCAUGCAUACUGCAACAGGCUGAGGAGGAAAAGGUGUGAGCGAACACAGCUGUCUCGCGUGCAUGGGUGGAUAAUGGAGCGAUUCUAAGCUGUGUUGGGGUUAGCUCUUUGCAACGCAUUUGGGACACUUUGUUGACUGGCAAAGCUACCGUAGUAUGAUUUGCUUACAAAGCGCGAGAGCAUGGUGGAUCGGAAUCAUGGGAUCCGUCAUGCCGCCACUAUGACAAGGUAUAUAUCCUGGCAAAAUGGCGUGUUGGUGUUUUUAUUCGCACUUGGAACAAUUUAGGACUUUAUAGGGAACGCUUGCCUUGAAGGAACCCGGAACCACGUAGCUAUACCCACAUAUUCAAACACCGAUGAUAGCUUUUUUUUUCUUUUUCAGUCCUUUUAUUUGAAGGCAAAAUGGAGGUGUUGCGGAAAAGAUCAUUCAUGCGAU